AUGCCACGUCCUCAGUUGCCCGGAGCCUGCGACUUGACCUUGGGGUCCUUGCAGUCGGAGCGUUGGCCCAGCGAAUUCCAACAGGGCCAUCGGGUCCUCGACGCUGCAUCGGUGUGGUUACGUGAGGGAUCUCGCGAUGGCAAACGCACGUUGGACCGAAAGAACAUGAAUAGCACCUAUGGAGGCUCCUUGUCGGCUCGUUCACUGGACAAGAUUUCAGAUGCUCGGUUUUCCUCCCUGGACCUCCCUCCCAGCCACAUCAGCACCGCCAUCGAGGACCCGGCCCGGAAGAUCGUGGUGGCCAGCGGCGCGCUGACCUCGCGCGAGAUGCGGCGCAUCGCCGAGGAAGAGGCUGUGCCGGGGACUGAGAAUCUCACGGCACCAUUGACAGUGGACGAGCGGAAGCUGGUGGAUUUGCUUCAGUCCAUGGCCGCGAAGGCUGCACAACGCUUCCCAUCCAUGAGCGAUUGCUUCCGCGGCUUGGAUCCGGACAGGGAUGGGAAAAUUGACCUGUCGGAGUUGCGCUACUUUUUUCGCACCUGUGGGCAGACAGAUGUAGUUGCCGAUGGUUUUUGGAAGUUGCUGGACCGCAACCGCAGCGAAUUUCUGGACUAUGAUCUUCUGGUGAGUUUCAUGCGGCCCUUUCUGGUGGCUGCCUAUUCAGGGGCCAAGCCAAGGCCACCAGUGAAGGAAACGGUCACUGAAAACCGUGCUGCGCUCAUCGCACUGGUCAAGGAAGACUUUGAGGAGCUGCUGCUUGCGGUGAAACAAAAGGCGCGAGGCUCGCUGAAGCCCCGGAAGGCCUUCAGGACCAUCGGACUGCCCGGCCGGGAUCACAUCGGCCUGAAAGAGACCCGUGCCUUCUUUCGUUGCUUCAACAUCGACGCGGAUGAGGUGGAUGCCUUUCACGAGGCUUUGGCCAAGCUCGGCGGCGGGGAGGUGACGCACCGGAACUUCAACGAUGUUAUGGAAGAUUGCUUCGUGCGAGAGCCAGACUAUGGCACUUUCAGGAUUCCGCAGAAGAAGCAGCGCCCCCGACCUCCUCCAACCUUGGACGAUCCGGCCGGGCCGGAGGAUGAGGACGCCGCGUUUCAGAUGAGCAGCUCGCGUUUGCCCGAGGAGACAUUGUUCAGUUUCCGCAAAGACGUGGAAACCAAGUUGUUGAAAGAGAUCAGAGAGGUCAUGAGAGACAUAGGCUACAAGGUGCGCAUGAGCUACAAACGUCCACGCGACGCCCUGCGUGGGUUGGAUUUGGAGAAGGACGGCGUCAUCCGGCGCGAAGAGAUGCGGGACUUCUUCAGGGGAUUCAACAAGUCUGAAAGUUUCGCGGACCGCGUUUUCGACUUGUUGGACCCGGAGGGUUCGGGCAAGGUGGACUUUGCGGAAUUUCUGGCGCACUUCGAUGAGGUCUUGACCCCUGCACACCGGCAAGUGGAGCGAGC